CACUCCGUUUUCGUUACCACAUCUCCAGAUAUGCACCAGAGGGAGAAAGACCGGUCCGGGUGGCAGACGAUAGCAAUCGUGAACGAGCGCUGACAGGAGACAGGAGAGCGUCUGCCUGUUUCUAUCUCGUUCUGGCCCUCCAUUAAGAUGGGAUCACAGGUCACUCGCACUGAAGCAAGUAAAUGUUGCCAACUGGCCACCGAAAUUUUCAACAGCACCGCAACGCCGGGAACCGAGUGCGCUUCAGCGAGGAAGGAACUGAGUCCCGGCCUGAAGAUUAUAGUAAGCAUUGUUAUGUCAGUGAUGGUGGUUGCAAUAGUCUUUGGAAACGUAUUGGUGAUAACUGCCAUCGCCAGGUUCCAGAGGCUACAGACUGUCACCAAUUACUUUAUCACCUCUCUGGCCUGCGCAGACCUGGUGAUGGGACUGGUGGUUGUUCCCUUCGGGGGGGUUCGCAACAUUACAGGAGUGUGGUACUUCGAAAACUUCUGGUGUGACUUUUGGACUUCUUUGGAUGUGCUCUGCGUGACGGCGAGCAUAGGCACACUGUGCGUGAUCGCCUUGGAUCGCUACCUUGCCAUAACGUCACCUUUCCGUUACCAAGUACUGUUGACCAAAUGCAAAGCGCGGCUGGCGGUGCUGGUGGUGUGGCUGGUGGCGGCCCUCACCUCCUUCUUGCCCAUCUACAUGGGCUGGUGGCGGCUGGACGACGAGCAGUCACUGGAAUGCUACAGCGAUCCCUGUUGCUGCGAGUUCUUCACCAACAAAGAAUUUGCCAUCACCUCAUCAAUCGUCUCUUUUUAUCUACCCCUGCUAGUCAUGAUCUUUCUGUACGCCAGGGUCUUUCAGGAAGCAAGGCAGCAACUGAAGAAGAUCAACAAAUGUCAGGGACGAUUUUACUAUCACAACAACAACGUGAAUCUCGCCCCGGCUCCGAAUGGGAAGGUUGCUAAACAGGGGCAUAAAAGGACGUCUCGAUUCCUAAAUCUGAAAGAGCACAAAGCUCUGAAAACCCUGGGGAUUAUAAUGGGCAUUUUCACCCUCUGCUGGCUGCCCUUCUUCGUUGUAAAUAUCGUCAACGUUAUCUUCAAGGACAGCAUUUCCACAACGGUCUUUACUUUCCUGAACUGGGUUGGCUACUCCAACUCUGCCUUCAACCCCGUGAUUUACUGCCGCAGCUCGGACUUCAGGUACGCCUUCAGGACGGUGCUGUGGGGGUGCCGGGACAGUGUGCCCCCCACACAGCCCAGCGGCGGUACCCUGGCGCUGCAAGGCGACGAGCGGGCGGAGAACGGCUGCCCGCCGCAGUGCAGCUUCGAUGGCACCGCGUCCGGAGUGGGCGCCUCGCCGAACUGCAGCCCCGACACUAACGGGAACGAACGGAAGUUGCUGGAUUCGGCCAUAUAGAGCCGAGUGCUUCUGGAAGACAGUGGGACAAAGUAACUUUGUAAGAUUAAGAGUUUAGCAAACACGUGUGUCCCGAUCAUAUUCCGCUGUACUUUGUCAUGCGUUCACCUACCUCAUUAUUGUUCUGUAAAGAAAAUGCAAUGCACUGUGGUGAUAAUUUAGAAGAUUUAGCUGGAAUCUGGGGACAGUUAGAUGGUCGUUAAACGUGAGAAAUAACAGUGAAUAUCUAAGCGUUUAUAACUAGCAUCAUGAUUAAAGCUAGAGGGUUAUAGUUUGCGCUCCCCGCUGUUGAAUGUAAUCAGGUGCAUUAUUUAGAUUGUGAGCAACCAAGCAAAAGAGAAUUAAGUGCAAUACCGUACAUGGUGCGGCGCGCCAUUCAAUUCAAAGUGUCACAACAAGUAGCUGUGAUCCGCAGCAGGGAAGGAGCGCCAGCCUUGGGCGAUUCCGCUCACUGACCUGAUCCGCGAGUUUCCCGGGAAAGAGGUGUGCGUUCGCGAGAUGAACUGAAAUCAGUGUUUUAUUCACUUAAGAUAUGCCCCAGUUUUAUGAACCUCGUACACACAGUUAUUUACAAAGUAGGGAAUCCUUCAUUUCUCCACAAAUUUUCGUAAAGUGCGAAGAGACGCGCGCGUUGGUGACUCGGCGUGUCCAUAAGUUUGUGCAUCCGCGCCCCAGUAUUUGUUAUCCGUCAGCACUGUGCUAAUAUUUACAUGUAUGUUGUAACGUUGCACAAUCAGGUCAACUCAAAGCUCCUUUCGUUUUCGCGUUAAAUGGAGAUAGGUUUGCAUUGCCUUGAAUUUGCAGCUUUAUUUCUGAAUGCCUUUUGCAUGUCACGAGGCUCUUGGUUGUGUCUUACUGGACCCGGCACCGGCUGCACGCCCUCACCAGAACUAACCCGAAAGCUUUGGGGCUUUCAUGAUGAAUGUUAACUUUCCGCUGGUGUUAGUUGAAAAGUAAUUCUACUCAGUCCUGUUUUCCUGUGGCAUUGUUUCGUUCCUAUGUCAAGGUAUUGGGAUAUUCGUUUUCGUUACCGCGUGGAGCGGUUCUUUGUGGGUACAUGUGCAAUAUCGCUCGUUCUUUCAGCGCUGAAUAGGCAUGGGCCAGUUCAAUGUUUACUUGAUGUUCUGGUUGAUAUAUUUUCGCACAACUUGAAGGCAAAAUCGUAAAGCUACUCUGGUCUUUCAUAUGAAUCCUAAUAAGUGAGAAAUGAAACCCUUUUGGAUAUUUAUUAUUUGGAUAAGUGUUGGUUGUUCCUUGUGUAUAAAUAAAUGCAUAUUUAAAUCA